ACCUGUCUGUGCUCCAACUGCAACCAAGCGAAUUCCACCUGUGAAACGGAUGGCGCCUGCAUGGUCUCGGUCUUCAACCUGGACGGUGUCGAACACCACGUCCGGACCUGCAUUCCCGAAGCGAAGUUGGUUCCUGCUGGGAAACCCUUCUACUGCCUGAGUUCAGAAGACCUGCGAAAUACUCACUGCUGCUACUCUGACUUCUGCAACAAAAUUGAUUUAAUGGUUCCCAGUGGACACCUGAAAGACAACGAACCCCAGUCGAGCUGGGGUCCUGUGGAGCUGGUGGCGGUGAUUGCCGGACCCGUCUUCCUCGUGUUUGUUGUCAUGAUCGUAGUAGUCCUUGUCUUUCACCACCAUCAACGAGUCUAUCACAAUCGGCAGCGGCUGGACAUGGAAGAUCCCUCUUGUGAAAUGUGCCUGUCGAAGGAUAAGACCUUGCAAGAUCUAGUCUAUGAUCUCUCCACGUCUGGCUCCGGCUCAGGGUUGCCGCUCUUCGUGCAGCGGACCGUGGCUCGGACCAUCGUCUUGCAGGAGAUCAUCGGCAAGGGCCGCUUCGGGGAGGUGUGGCGCGGCCGGUGGCGCGGCGGCGACGUGGCCGUGAAAAUCUUCUCGUCGCGGGAGGAGCGCUCCUGGUUUAGGGAAGCAGAAAUCUAUCAAACCGUGAUGCUGCGCCACGAGAACAUCCUGGGGUUUAUUGCUGCAGACAACAAAGAUAAUGGAACGUGGACCCAGCUGUGGCUUGUCUCCGACUACCACGAGCAUGGGUCUCUCUUCGACUACCUGAAUCGGUACACGGUGACUAUCGAGGGGAUGAUAAAACUUGCCCUGUCGGCUGCUAGCGGGUUGGCCCAUCUGCACAUGGAGAUCGUGGGUACUCAGGGAAAGCCUGGGAUUGCUCAUAGAGACUUGAAAUCCAAGAACAUUUUGGUGAAGAAGAAUGGCACGUGUGCCAUCGCUGACCUUGGUCUCGCUGUCCGGCACGAUUCUGUGACCGAUACAAUUGAUAUUGCACCAAAUCAAAGGGUUGGAACCAAACGAUACAUGGCCCCCGAAGUCUUGGAUGAAACCAUCAACAUGAAGCAUUUUGAUUCAUUUAAAUGCGCGGAUAUUUAUGCCUUGGGCUUGGUCUACUGGGAGAUCGCUCGAAGGUGCAACGCAGGAGGUAUCCAUGAGGAAUAUCAGCUCCCAUACUACGACCUGGUACCCUCCGAUCCCUCUAUCGAGGAGAUGCGGAAGGUUGUCUGUGAUCAGAAACUACGGCCCAACAUCCCCAACUGGUGGCAGAGCUAUGAGGCGCUGCGGGUCAUGGGGAAGAUGAUGCGGGAAUGCUGGUACGCCAACGGAGCGGCUCGCCUCACGGCCCUCCGCAUUAAGAAAACCCUCUCACAGCUCAGCGUCCAGGAGGAUGUGAAAAUCUAAGCGCUGAGCCCCAGCGAGGGGGCAGGUGCACAAAAGCUGCCGUGCUCGCGUAGCCGUGCGACGGAGGCCUACCUCGUGUUCCUACCCGAUCUACUGCUACCAACCGGACGGCGUGACCUGCAAGGCUGCUAGGCGAGAGGAGGAAGCCUCUUGAACCGCUCUCUUCCCUCCUUGGGUAGGAAACAAUCCGAAACCUUUUGUUUUCCUCACCUCCUGACAGCACGAAGACUUGAGAGAGGGAUUCGCUUUGAGGGAUCUCGGCCACAACCGUAACUCUCGUUUCUUGAACGGAAAUCCCCGUAAAGCUGCGUGCGUGUUGGGGGGGCGCCCGGCGACGGGUGCUUGCGGCCUGGGUGCUAAGGUGCUGGGAGUGGGAAGGGAAAGGGAAGGCUUUUCUUGCCGUACUCUGCGGAUUUUCCAGGGACUGGCACAUGAAUGCAGAAAAAGCAUUGAAAAAAACCCCACAAAUGGUGCUCCCUUCUGAGAGGCUGAGCCUGGACAGCU